AAGAUGGCGGUCCUGUCAAUCGCCUCAGCUGGGACAUGCAUGUAGAUGUCAACAGUUAAACAUAAUAGAAAUGUAACGAGAACACCCUGUUGCACCUAUUAAGACGAUCAGGCUUGAUUUCAACUAUGAAUUUCAUGGACUAAACUUCUGAAGGAGUCAACGAAAUGUGCGACAGUUAUGCCCGCUCUCUGCUGCGUGUGUCGGUGGCGCAGAUCUGUCAAGCUCUAGGCUGGGACGCAGUUCAGCUAACCGCAUGUGAUCUUCUUUCCGAUGUACUAGACCGAUAUAUUCAGCAGCUGGCAAGAGGUUGCCACCGUUAUUCUGAACUCUAUGGAAGGACAGAUCCUGUGCUGGAUGAUGUUGGUCAAGCCUUCAGAUUGUUGGGCGUCAGUCUCAGUGAAUUGGAGGAUUAUGUCCACAACUUGGAGCCUGUUGGUUUUGCCCAUCAAACACCCCUCUUCCCUGUCAGUAAGAACAAUGUGUUGCAGUUCCCACAAUCAGAAACACAGGAUAAGGAGGAAAGGAAGGAAUACAUACCAGAUUACAUGCCUCCACUGGUCUCUUUGCAGGAGGAAGAAGAGGAGGAAAGGGUCCUGACAGACAUGGGCACGUCAGCUGAGGCUAUGCAAGUUCCUUUGGAUGAGGAAGAGGAGGACCUGGGAGAAGAGGACGCAGUCAGUGAUGAGAACCACCCACUGAAGAGGCCCAUGUUGAGUCCUGACGCCAGUAUGGGUAUGAUGGCCAGCAAGAGGCCAAGGCUUCAGUCUGGCUUCAGCCCAGAGUGGGCGGGAGAGCCAAAGGAGCCCCUCAGUUCUCUGAACCCCCAACAUGUGCCUUCCUCAAUGAUGGAUAGCAUGGGAUCUUUAGCUUCAUCACCUGAGACAGCUCUACCAAAUACGGGCUUUAGACCCCUGCCUAUGAUACCGAGACACUCAGAUCACAAGGCUUCUUGUGCUCAGCACAGGAAACCAAAUGUUUCAUCACCUGGGAGGCAAAGGGCAAGGUCACCUAAAGGGGCCGGUGUUGGGCCCUCAGCAGGGAGUCCUUUAAGCUCACCUAAAGCAUUUUCAAAGGAGAAGAGGAAGUCGCCAGGCCAGGCUAAAAGUCCCAAAAGUCCAAAGAGUUCCAAGUCUGGCACAGAGAAAGCUGCUCACACUCCUGAGAAGGGCGAGCCCCUGCAGAGGACUACCCUAGCCACUCUGAGUGAGAGGAUGGGGAAGGAAAAUGUUCAUGUGCGCCAGCAGAACUGGGAGCUUGACAGGCAGCCUGGAGAAGCACAAAUCAGGAACCCAGAGCCAAACCCAGAGCCGGACAACACCAUUGAUGACUCCAUCGAUGCCGUGAUCGCUAGGGCUUGUGCUGAUCGAGAGCCCGACCCUUUUUCUUACACCUCAGCUUCAGAUUCAGAGAGUGACAGCAUCUCCAGCCCCAGGCGACUGACCAUCAUGGAGCCAGCAACGCCCAAGACCAAGACGGGUACAAAUGUCUGCUAUGAAAGAGACACGUCAACGCCGCUCUCAAUGAGUGGCGUCCCGGGAAGCAUGUGGACCAUGGACGACUCCAUCAACGAAGUCAUUCGCAGAGCAAAUCAGGGAGCUUCUGGAGCACGACUGAAUGACUCGUAUCUCUCGUCCCCGUCAGCCUCCCCUCCCACGCCAGAGCCUCUGAUGAAGGUGUUUGAGGACAAGCACAAGAUGGUGGCCUCGACUGAUGUGAAGAAGAGGUUAAAGAAAGAGCUAAAAAACAAACUUAAAAAGAAAGAGAAAGAGAAGCCAAAGGAGAAAGACAAAGAAAGGGACAAAGGCAAAAUGAAAGAUAAGAAUCGUGAUAAGAACAAAGGCAAGACCAAAGAGUUCCUUAAAGAGGCUAAAAUUCCCUGGAAGGACUUUUCUUUGAGGGAAGACGACCUUCGAGAGCAUUUCAAGAUGCGGGAUCUUGUAAGCCCAGAGAUGUCCUUGAAAUCAAAGUUGAAAGAUGGAACUGGAAGCAGCUUCAGAAAAGACAAGGAAAGACAUAUGGACAAAAAGAAGGACAAGGAAAAAAUCAAGAAAGAUAAAGAUACGCGAGAUAAGGGCAAAGACCGGGGGAGAGAGGACAAGAAGCUGUCUGCAGCCCUCACUCCGUUUGGUCAGGUUGAUGUCCCCAUGUCGCUCUUCAGUCCAUCCAGCUGUUUACGCAUUCCCUCUAUGCUGCCACCACUCCCGCCCAUUCUGUCUGAUCGGGACAGCAAAGGCAAGGAGAAGGACAAAAAGAAAGACAAGAAGGAGAAGAAGAAGAAGAGGGAAAAAGAAAGAGAAAGGGCUAAGGAGAAGGAGAGAGAAAAGGAGGGAAAAAAGAAGGAGAAAGAGAGAGAAAAAGAAAAGAGAGAAAAGGAGAAAGAAAAAGAGAAAAACAGACUGAAGCUUGAAAAGGUGAAGGUGGUUCCUCCAGCUGCUGUCCCGUCCCCUGUCAUCCCCCGGCUAACACUCAGGGUCGGGGGCCAGGACAAAAUUGUCAUCAGCAAGGUGGCUCCCAACUCUGACAUCCCUAAAGUUCCCAUGGCCAAGGCGCCGAGUGUGAAAGCAACACAGCCGUUGGCCCCGAUCUUCUCUCCUGCGGCGCCACUGCUGGCUCCGGCUCCUCCCCUAGCUGUGGCUGCUGGGCCUGCUGCUGCCGUGGCCCCUCCCUCCUCCGCUCUCUCGCAGGGCGGCUCCCUGAAGACACCCGUGUGCAGCGUCGUCACGGAGACCGUCAGCGCCUACGUGAUCCGUGAUGAGUGGGGAAACAAAAUCUGGAUCUGUCCCGGUUGCAAUAAGCCUGACGACGGAAGUCCGAUGAUUGGAUGUGAUGACUGUGAUGACUGGUACCACUGGCCCUGUGUGGGGAUAAUGGCUGCCCCACCUGAGGAUGUCCAGUGGUUCUGUGUCAAGUGUGCCGGUAAGAAAAAGGACAAAAAACACAAGAAAAGGAAACACAAAGUGCACUGACACUGGGGCUGGACGUUUUUAUAGAAGGCUCUAACUUUUCAGCUCCAACGGUCUUUAACAUCUGAAAUGUUAAAGACAGAAAAUUCUUCAAACUCAACCUGGAGAAUUGUCCAGACUACUCUCCUCGAGAAUUGGAUUAACUAUGGGUAUCUUCUUCGUUUCUGAUCAUGUUGAAUAUCUGUCUACCAAGCACCUUAAUUGAGAUUGUGUGGAAGCCAAGCAGGGUAUGCGUAUUUGGAAUAUAAAGAUGUGUGGUGUCAAGAGAAAUUAUGCUUUUCCUUUUUAGGAUGAUAUAUUUACUUUAACAGAAAAUCAAUCAGUUACACUCACUGUUUCAGUGGCCAACCAUUGUUUCGACAUUGAUGAAAUAUUGCAUGUAAAUACAUACUGAUGGGACACUGAGGCUUGUUUGUACAGUAUGGAAACUCAGACCUCUUCACCAAGUCAGUUUACUUUUCUUGAGAAACAGACUGGUCAGUUUCAUUAUCAGCAGCAGAUUAUUUUUUUAACUUGCCUGAUUUCUUGCCUGAUCUUUCUCUGUAAUUACUGUACAUUUAUUGAAAUGAGAGUUUGUAUUUUUAUUUAUCCUCACAUAUUUUCCAUAUGCUUUCAGCAUAUUUUAUUUGCCUGAAUUUCCUCAAUACGAAAGACCAACGGUUUGGGGGUAUGUACAUGAAUUUUGUGCUUUAUGUACCUGAAGUUGAUCCCUGAAAUCCCUGGUCAAUGAAAUCUGCACUGACAGCUCCGUUCUCAAAAUUACAGUGACUGUUUUGUUUUUUGACAUUUAUACAUUUCUUUAUUUUUAUUGAAUGAUGUGCCCAAGAAAAUUGUUCAGUCAUUUUAACAGGACAGACACAAAUGAUUGUUAAAGCAGGGAUAUGACUACAGAUGGAACAUUAUAAGAUUUAUAAAAAGAGUUUAUGAAUAAAUUAACUUGAAUAAAA